CCUGCAGGAGGGCGGCGGCUGUUUUACCAAGGAGGGAUUUCUCUUGAAACAAACAUGGUCAUUCCAGCGAUGGAGGAGGCGAUAUUUCAGAUUGAAAGAUCAAAUGCUUUACUGCUCGAAGGACGACGAGGCUGGCAUAUUCGACGAGAUUGAACUGACCGAUCUGACGUUCGCGGAAUGCAGUAUUAAGAACGCGAACCACAGUUUUCAGGUGAUAACACCGUUCAGAUCCUUGGUUCUCUGCGGCGAGAGCAGACGAGAGAUGGAGGAGUGGUUGAGCGCUCUGCGAGCAGCCGGCGAGGGCAGAUCGCAGGGUGGUGAGCCAGGUCCUGCCGAAUUGCUAGGAGGGAAUCACCAUUGGUAUGCGACUAGUCACGCGAGACCAACGUACUGCAACGUCUGCAGAGAUGCGCUCUAUGGCGUCACGUCGCAUGGUCUCAGCUGCGAAGUGUGCAAGUGCAAGGUGCAUAAGAGGUGCGCGGCAAAGGCGAUCAACAACUGCAAAUGGACGACACUCGCUUCCAUUGGAAAAGACAUUAUCGAGGACGAGGAUGGGAAUAUCACGAUGCCUCAUCAGUGGAUGGAGGGAAAUUUGCCAGUUUCCUCAAAGUGCUUUGUGUGCGAUAAGACCUGUGGCUCAGUUCUCAGGCUUCAAGACUGGCGAUGUCUCUGGUGCAGAGCGACAGUCCAUACUGCCUGUCGACCCGCCAUUUCUAUACGAUGUCCGCUGGGGCCAGCUAAAGUCAGCGUUGUGCCACCGACGUCACUGCACAGCAUUGGAAGCGACGAAGCCUGGGAAGCGGUGAGACCUACGGGCUGCAGUCCGCUACUCGUCUUUGUGAACAGUAAAUCCGGCGACAAUCAGGGAGUGAAAUUUCUCCGGAGGUUCAAGCAGCUCCUCAACCCGGCACAAGUCUUCGAUCUCAUCAAUGGUGGACCUGGACUUGGGCUAAGGCUCUUUCGACACUUUGAUCCAUUCCGAAUCCUCGUCUGCAGUGGCGAUGGUUCAGUGGGUUGGGUUCUGUCCGAAAUUGAUCGGUUAGGGAUGCACCCGAAACAAUGUCAGGUUGGCGUUCUACCUUUGGGCACGGGCAACGAUUUGGCACGAGUACUGGGCUGGGGGGCGUCGUGUGACGAUGAUACGCACCUACCCCAGUUGCUGGAGAAGUACGAAAAAGCAAGUACCAAGAUGCUGGAUCGCUGGAGCAUAAUGACCUUUGAGCGGAGCAUCUCGCUGCCGGGGCCAAAGAUGUCGCCGAGUCCAACGGAUCCGGCACUGAACACAACGAUCGCCCAGCAGUACGAGGACAGCGUCAUCACCCACAUAACAAACAUCCUUCAGUCUGAUCAGGACAACGUCGUUUUGUCGAGCGCAAAGGUUCUAUGCGAAACAGUGAAGGAUUUCGUGGUGCGAAUAUCGGAGGCCAGUCAAAACACAGGGGACCAGCAGCUGGGCGAAAAGUGCAAUAUACUCCAGCAGAAACUCGAUCUCCUACUACAGACGCUAGACAAGGAGGAAAGUUACUUUUCUGAUAACAACGAAGAUGACGCCACACCCCAGAUGACCCUGACGACGCCAAACCCACUGCCUGUCGAUGGCCAGGAGAAAGGAGCUUUAGAAAAACCUGAAAAGGAUAUGACCAAUUUGAAGAGGAUCAGAAAGCGGAGACGCUUCAUCGAGCGGGAGGCUGUCAUGUCCAGAGCGAACAGCCUGAAGCGAGCUAUAAGACGGCUAGUCGAGCACACAGAACUUGUCGUAGACGAGCAGAACAGUUCGUCGUCAGACCAUCAGACGGGCAAAACACCUAACAUAACGAUAACGUACGACGACACUUUGGCAGUAGAUGAAAAACGAGAGAAACGAGACCAACUCAAUAUUCCUGGACUUCGACCGAACAACGUCGAGCUUCUCAGUGUCAUGCCAACCAUCGACUCUGCCAGCAGCAAUGAGCCCUCUCCGUGCGCGAGCCCGACCCCCAAUCUCAUCUCACUUAGCCCGAUGCCAGAUCUGAGACGGGACUCUCAGGCUGAGGAAAUGCUUACACUGCCUGCACCAGACGGCUUCGCUGACAGCAGGAGAAACAGCUCGAACUUACCUCAGGGCGUGUUUAGCUUCGAAGUGCCGAGCAUAGAUGUAACAGCGAUGAAUCUGCGAAGAGACGAUGUGGAGCGAGGAUCCAACGAGGGAGGAAUCGGACAACCUGAGACCCCGUCCGACAUCCAGGUAACAGUAACAAGCACAACGCUUGAUACGAGCUCGCCGUCGGACGAUACGACGAUACAGGACACAAUGAUAUCGCCGGACACGGAUUCGCCGAACUCAAGGAACGCGUCGCCGGACGAAGGUGUCAACCUCAGAAAAUUCGACCGCGAGAGGAAAGUCGACGGGUCGAGGAGCAGCUUCAGCUGCAGCAACAGCAUUGUCAGCUCGGACAGCAUGAUGCUGGAUAGCUCGACGACGAUGGACUCAAGGAACCUGACGGUCAAGAACAGUGAGAGCGAAAUCGGACACAUAGACAGCGACAUUCUCGACACUACGAAGCAUUCGGACAGUCCAGAGAUGGGGCACAUCGAUUCGCCUGACAACUCCGACACCUGUCACAGCGACGGACAGAACUCAGAGAGCAUCAUCGAUGAUCUCAGCUCCCUUGGACAGGAUCUUAUCAGUGCAAUGAUCGGUGAGAAGUACGACUCGGUCAGGGACUGUCUCAAGUCCGAGCAGCCCGAGAAACCACAGAAAUUCUGUAGUCUCGCGCAGUUUGUCGAGGGCAAUGACAUCGCCAGGCGAUCCUUCAAGAAACCGGCACGGAACGUGAGAAAAGUCGACAAAGAGAUAGCGGCUUCUUCUACCGAUCUGACUGAGGACGCGGAUGCCAAAGGGAAUGGAAACAACCCGAUGGAACUGACGACAGAGUCGAAAAACCCUGAGGAGGACAGAAUCUCGGAUCUGCUGAGCCCUGUCUGCUGUUUUACCGUCGCCUCUGACGCAACACCGACUAGCGAAAAAUCGCCGCCCUCCUUCCCGCCUGUUAUUAGUGUGAUUGUCGACCCGCCGAGUCCGUCGAUGUCGAUAGAUCAUCACGAGGAACUCAACGCCCCGUGCAAAAUCGACCCUCGGUAUCGACGGUACAGUGGAGGCAGCAUGGAAAAACUGAGCGUUGAGCUGCCAGGCCUUGGAUGUUCGCCACAAGCAACGAGGCGCAUAAGCAGCGGGAGCCUCCUCAAGGCCUCGGAAGUCGUUUCGCUGGCCGCAAGCGCUGCCAGGUUCGGCGGUUCUAGUCUCAGUCUAAGACACGAGCGUGCAAAGUCCGUCGACAAGAGCAGCGAGGACGCUAAAAAGCUGCCGAUCAUAAAUCCCCUGGUUCAGCUACCGAUGUGGCCGAAUGUCAGCAGAGGAGCCGGACUGAUCAGCCAAGCGCUUCUGGCCAAUGCCGACGCGCUUUGUGCCGCUGUUUCUCCUCUCAUGGAUCCGGACGAGACUUUGCUGGAAGGCUACUACGAGCGCUGCGUGAUGAACAACUACUUCGGCAUUGGUAUAGACGCUAAAAUAAGCUUAGACUUUCACCACAAGCGCGAGGAACAUCCCGAGAAGUGUAGAUCGCGCGCAAAAAACUACAUGUGGUACGGCGUUCUGGGGUCUAAACAGUGGCUGCAGAAGACUUACAAGAAUCUCGAGCAGCGAGUGCAGCUCGAAUGCGAUGGGCAGAGAAUACCGCUUCCCUCGUUGCAAGGCAUCGUAGUUUUAAACAUACCAAGUUUCAUGGGGGGGACAAAUUUCUGGGGUGGCACCAAGGAGGGUGAUCUUUUCCUGGCGCCGUCCUUCGAUGACAGGAUACUCGAAGUCGUCGCCGUCUUCGGAUCCGUACAAAUGGCUGCCUCACGUCUGAUCAAUCUACAGCAUCACAGGAUAGCGCAGUGUCAGACAGUUCAGAUAAACAUUCUCGGCGAGGAAGGAGUGCCGAUUCAAGUCGACGGCGAGGCCUGGAUUCAGCCGCCGGGAAUGAUCAGGAUAAUACACAAAAACCGGAUGCAAAUGCUGUACAGGAACAGAGCGCUGGAAACUUCUUUGCGAACCUGGGAGGAGAAGCAGCGAAGCUCAACCUCGACGUCGACAUCGCAGUCGACGUCGACUUUGUCGGGCGGUUCGCAGACCCCGUCGUCGCAGGUGGACGCCAGGCCGUCAAACCUGAACGAGGAGGAAAUGGCCGUGUUGCUGUCGUUCAUCGAGACUGUGACGACCCUUGUCAAGUGGGUCAAGCUCCUCAUAAUCUCGCAUCCUAGUCUCGAGCCGGACUUGUAUCAAGUAGCGGCAAGGACGGCGCUCAGUUUGGAAAACGUUCAUCCCGGUGGAAAGAUUAUCCAAGGGCCAGACUUGAGGCCCGUCGUCACGGAGCUCGUUUCUAGCGCUCGACAGCUUUACGAAGACUCUUGUGAACUGCUCAGAGACAAGGCGCAUAAUUUGAGACUGAGAGAAGACCUGGAAAGCAAAUUGUCUGCUUCGUUGGCUGGCAUGGAACAAGAACUGAGGAAAUGUGUCUUCGAUGAAUCCGGCACCGGUCUCGUCUACCUUCAUCAUCUGCAGGCUGACGAACAGGGUGAUAAAAAGAAUCGUCACCGAGGAUUGUUCUGGUUAAAGUUUCGCCGGACAGGAUGGGGUUCGGGAAAUCAUCCCGGCGGGUCGGUGCCGGCUCGCGAUCAAGCGACGACUUGGAACGUGCCCGAGGUUUGCUCGUGGCUUGAGAGUCUUCAGCUUGGCGAAUAUGCUGAGAAUUUCAUGUCGCACGAUAUCAGAGGUAAGGAGUUACUCACCCUGGCCAGAAGGGAUCUCAAAGAGCUCGGCAUUACCAAAGUCGGACACGUCAAGCGAAUUCUACAGGCCAUCAACGACCUUAAUAAUUAGUAGAGUUCGUUAUUAUCGCCUUCGUCGUCGUCGUCUUCAUAGUCGAUUUGUCUGUUCCUUGACGAUCGGAUUAAACGUUAACGAAUAAACUAAUGAUCUGUUAGUUGGAGUGCAAUCAUUCAUGACGAUUGUGACGAUUUUCGAACUGCUAAAGAGAGAAACAGAGGAACUUGCGAUGAUGAAGACCAAAAACCAAAGAUAAGAUGAUGGAGAAGAUGAGACAAAGAAGUAGAAACGGAAAUCGCUACUUUUCUUCCUAAUAAAUAUGGAAUAUUAUUAGAAUUUUCCGACGUGAGAACCAAAGAAACGAAAACUAGAAAGGAGCCAAAAAAAAAAAAACCGACAGGUAUUUAUUCUAAAGCACUAUAUAUUUAAGCUAAUAUAAUACUAAUGAUUAUAAUCAUCGUCGAAGAAGGAAAGGAUAAAGGGAAAUUCUUAAACUCUUUUCUUUGAUAAUAAUUUACAUAUUUCACCUCUUUUACCAUUACUAUUAAUUUGAAUCAAUAACGACUACGACGACGACAAAAGUGAGUGUGGCAUCUAAGCGUGAAAAUGAAGAGA